GUUCGAAUCAUAUUGAGAAUCUGCUCGGAUUUUCCGGCCAACAUUUUUACAAAAAACCGAUAUCGGUCAAAAACACGGAUGUCAGUUGUUGACGUAUGGAAUAAUGAGACCGCCAAUGGCAAUGUCAUCAUAGCGCAUAAUAUCAACAGCUGGCCAGCCAUACUUGAUCAGCUUAAUGAGCCGAUUUUAGAGAAGAGUACAAUCAUUGAAGGUGAUGUAUUACUUUACAAACAAAGAAAACAUCGAAAUCGAGCGAUACCAUUAAUGAGUGCUCCACAACGUAUUGCUACUGACCGAAUUACUUUUAAAGAAUGGCUAAGGGAAGUCGCAAAACUUCGAAAAGUGAUCAAAAUAAAUGUUCGCUCUACGGAAGCAAUUCGGCCAGUACUGCAAUAUCUGUUUGCAGCCAAUGAAGAAAUUGUUUCUCCCGUUGUAUUACAUGCAAAUAUUUUCCGAUCUCCACGAAGUUUGGAGAAACCAGUUGAUGCAAUUGAAUUCUUGGAUGGGACCAGGAAAUACUUUCCAGAAGCAACUUUAUCGUUCGGCUGGACGAAAAACAAUAUUUCCGAAUUAACGAUUCACCAAAAAAGGUCAAUAAAUUGGCGAGAGUUGUUCCAGAUAUUUUCAUUGAUUAAACGAGUAGAGCAACCGAUUAUGAUUUCUGCGAGAAUUUCUGUAGUGAUUAAUUCAAUUUCUCAAUUGUCGUUUGUCCUCGGUAUAAAACGAGAAGUUUCUCUUCUAAUUUGGAGUGACGAAACGGACCUAGUAGACGAUUGGAUGAAUCUGAUCUCUCUAAGAUCGGGGCCAUAUUCGAAACAGAUCGUAUUCGAUCUGCAUCCAAAUCACGCUUCUGUCGUUCGCAAAUUACCAUACAAAUUAUCUCAGGGCGAUUCAGUUUUCGAUCGCAAAAAAUGGCAUCGCAUCGAGUUUCCUUCACCAUCCACGACAGCAUCAGGCAUUAUUGAAAGUAAUGAAGGUGUCGCAUUUAUUGGGUGGUCCAACUCAUUUCUCAUAUCCAUCUUGAAACCACCUAUAUUUCCAGAAAUACAAAAAAUAUCAUCACAAGUGCGUUACAUUUCUUCUUCAUUCAUAUUUUCCAAAUUUAUUAUCUUUCUUGGCUACAAUGGUCAAAUGUCAAUCAAGAAUCGAGAUGAUGCUUGGCCAUCAUAUCGACAUAAAAGCGUUGGCCAGCUGCGUCGUGAAAACUGUUACGAAAUUCACAUAACAGAUAGAGAUGGGCAGAUUGAAUUCCAUAAUGAAUUUGUUUUCUGA